AAAAAACCCUACGACGCCCAUCGAAGGAACCUCCUAAUUCUUUUUUUUCGUCCUCCAUCACCCAGCGAACAGUCGACCCGUCCACGACAAAAUCUUGCACCACCCAGCGCCGGCAAGAUGAAGUUGAACAUCUCCUACCCUGCCAAUGGCAGCCAGAAGCUCAUCGAUGUUGAGGAUGAGCGCAAGCUUGCCGUCUUCAUGGAGAAGCGCAUGGGCGCUGAGGUCCCCGCCGACUCUCUCGGUGACGAGUUCAAGGGCUACAUCUUCCGCAUCACCGGCGGAAACGACAAGCAGGGUUUCCCCAUGAAGCAGGGUGUCAUGCUCCCCUACCGUACUCGCCUCCUCCUCGCCGACGGCCACUCCUGCUACCGCCCCCGCCGCACCGGCGAGCGCAAGCGCAAGUCCAUCCGCGGCUGCAUCGUCGGCCCGGACCUGGCCGUCCUCGCCGUCGCCAUCGUCAAGCAGGGCGAGCAGGACCUCCCCGGCCUGACCGACGUCGUUCACCCCAAGCGCCUCGGCCCCAAGCGCGCCACCAAGAUCCGGAGAUUCUUCGGCCUCACCAAGGAUGACGAUGUCCGCAAGUACGUCAUUCGCCGCGAGGUCCAGCCCAAGGGCGAGGGCAAGCAGCCUUACACCAAGGCUCCCCGCAUCCAGCGUCUGGUCACUCCCCAGCGCCUGCAGCACAAGCGCCACCGCAUUGCGCUCAAGCGCCGCCAGGCCGAGAAGGUCAAGGAUGAGGCUAACGAGUACGCCCAAAUCCUUGCCAAGCGCAUUGCCGAGAAGAAGGCCGAGAAGGCCGACCUUCGCAAGCGUCGCGCGUCCUCCAUGCGCAAGUAAACGGUUCCUGGGCGUUGGGAGAAAUAUUCGGGCGGAAAAAAAAGUUGGCCCCCCCUACAUGAGCGGAAAGGGGGAAUUUGACGAGAAUAAAACUCAUGUUCUUCCACUGGUCUUCUGGUUUUCUUGCAUCCGGGCGUGACGAAAGGGAACAAACUACCCAAAGGUACUGGCGCGUGGCCUUCAUUUGCCAGCAGAAGAAGCAUCGAGGAUCAUCGGCAUGGAUCCGGGUCCGUAUAAGAAGGGCUUUUUCUGACGAAAUGAAAUACAUUCUAUUGACGUAUUAUAUACCCCUCCCCCCCCUACACCUCGCGGUACCGCCUCGUCUAUCUCUUAUGUUUUUUUCUAUGACUUGUUCUCCGUAUCCGCCUUGGCUUUCUUUUCCAGUGCCGCCACCCGGCGAUCGAUCUUCUCGAACGACCAGCUCGCGAAGGCUGGGGGGUAGACG